AUGAAUUAAAAUUUUUUCGACAAUGCUAACCAAAAAUAAGUAUUGUAGUUAAUUUAUCAAUUUUAGCAACUUUAUAAGGCAUUAUCAAAAUAUAAUGGUCCAACUACUUCAACUCCAAGCAUUUUGUCAGAAUAUUUAUCAUCUGCAAAAACAUAAACAUCAAAUAAUAAAAACAACUCUAAUAGAGUGAAGCCUCUACUCAGCCCAUAAAAUAUUUCAAAGCCUAUUUAAAAUGAUUCAUUAAGAAUUAAAACUUCCACUCUUCACUUUCCUUAAAAACAACCGGUUUCCCAUCACAUCAAAAGUCUUUCUUCAGAUAUCAAGCAGCAACCACAACCUCCAAUUAGAAGGAGAGGAAGGCAGGAAAGAAUGAUAUUUCAAUCGGAUUCAUAGCAAACUCCAUUCUUGAUCAUACAAAAUAAAGUCAGAGAUUCAAGAAGAAUGGAUACUGUCAGAAAGAGUACCUUGCCUUCAUUGCAGUUGGAAUCACAAAGAAGCAUCCAAAUCACAAGUCCUAGAAUAACAGACAUCCCUUUAGUGCCUAUUCAAUAAGUAACCGAAAUUUAAGAUUCAAAAAGCCAACUUUUUCAAGAAGCAGAUAAAAUAUAUAUGGAUCAAGUAAAUAAUGCAGAUGAUAAUGAAUUUGUAAAUGAAGACAAAAAAGCAUCAGAACUUUUCAGUAUAUUAUAACGAAAGGUUAGUAUCACUGAGCAAAAUGAAUUGAAUGAUCCUAAAAAUCAUAAUGAAAAUUAGGAAGAAGUCUUUGAGACUGAAAAAGAAGUCAAUUUUGAUGAUGAUGAAUUCUCAUCAUCAAGAGCAAUGAAAAAACUAAGCGUAAAGAUGAAAUUCAAAAAUGCUGUAUCCCAAUAAGUUUAGAAUAUGUUUAAGCAUAGAGAAGUAACAUUUUUAAUAAAAAAUUAGUUAAAAUCAUUGUUUACAGUCAUCAUUUCACCUGAAUUCAGUUCAAAACAUGAAGAGGAAAGGUAGAAAAUUAGUGAUUAAUACGAAUAAGGAAACUUUAUUUUAGCAAAAAACAUGCAAACCCUCAAAAAAUCUAAUUACAUUGAAUCUAAAUGCAUCAAAGAUAAAUAUGUUUUUAAGCAUAGUCACAAAAUAAACACCAUUGUUUAGAAUCAACUUCAAAAAUUAAAUACAACAAACAAAGCUUUUUAAAGAAAAAUAUCAAUGAUUAAGGGUACAUAAUGGACUACUAAAGAAUGUGAUUAACCACAAUUAUAGUAAUUUUCCUUAUUGAACAAAUUUAAAAAGUAAUCUGUCUAUUCAAAUCAGAUUGGUUAGGGAUAAGUAUUACAAAAUAAUUAUGAAUAAAUUUUACCCAAUUUAAUGGAUGAUGCAAAUAAAAUAAUUAUUACAAUUACUAAUCCUCUAUUGUAAAAUACAAUUUUGGAAUUUAACAAACCUAAAUUUAUUGUGCAUAUGGAUACUAUUAUAGAUGAAUAAGUAAUUCAACCAAUUUCCCCACCUAAAAAAGCGAUUCAGCAUUCCUCCUCCUUACAUUCUUCUUUUAAAUUGUAAAAAAUAUAAAAUUCAGCCUCUUAAUCAGUUAUUAUGAAUAAAGAUCAUAUUUCUAAUCAUAAUGUAUAUAAUAGUAUUUUGAAUACUAAUACUAUUGAAGACAACAGCAAUUUGGAUUUUAAUUAAGAAUAUUCUAAAGUAAGAAAUUCAAAUUAAUAAUUAGUCAAAUUUAUAUGUGAGACUCUAUUAUCAAAACAGAUUACAUAAAAUACCAUAAAAGAUAUCUUAUACUUAGCACAAUUUAAAGGAGAUUGAAGAUAUAUUUUACUAAUAUGUCUCAAUGAUAACUGGUUCUUAAAUGUAAAUCUUGUUUUUAGGAUUAGUUCUUUUUAAACAAGUCGUAAUUUUACGAAAUAAGUUAAGAGCAUAGAAAAAUCAAAUUUAAUUUAAGAAUCGCCAAUAUUUUUUGAGAAAUAUGAUAUUCCCUAGUUAAGAAAGCAGUUCUCAUUUGACUUUGAAAAUUCAAUUAGUCUUAUAUCUAGUUAAUCAGAUUAGAGUAAUUCAUUUGAUCAAAUUUUAGAGGGACCAAAUAGCAGUAAUUGAUUUCAUAAAACUAGAUUAGGACUUUAGGUUGAUGAAAAACAUGAAAGUAAAAUGAAAAACAUUAUACAAUCGAUGAAAAACUUGAGUGAUGACUCUGAAUCAUAGAUCUUUGUUGAGGAUGUUGUAAAAAAUCAAAAAUGUAAAUCUCCAAUUAAAUUUAGAAAUUUCAACUGGAUUAUUAAACACAAUCAAGAAGGUGAAGAAUAAAUUUCAUUGUCCGUUAAAUGCAUAAGUCAUAAUGAGUGUUUUAGAUUAAAGUACUAAGAAUGAUCUAUUGACAUUUCAAAUGAUGGAAUAAUCUGAGGAACAGAUCUAACAACUUAUUCAUGGAGAUUGUGACACUAAUGCAUUAACAAAUUUAGACUCUUUCUAUUUAUAAAGAAAACUGAGAAAUAUGAUACUGAGUGGCAUCGAAAUGAGAUAUGAAUGGAUACUCAUCGGAAGAUAUUAGAAUUAAUAGAGAAUGAUUGAUCCAGAACAUUCUGAUCUUGUUUAAUCAACUAUUCUUGAAGCACCAUAACAUCUUAUUUCUUCUUCUUAAUAAUCUCAAUAAUCUCAAUAAUCUUCAGAAUAUUAACAGCUUCAAAAAUAAAAGCUAAUCAGUCUCAAAUAGCAAGGCAGAAGCAGAAAUUUAUAAAGAGAUAGUUUGACCGUCAUAGUCAAACCUAAACUUAAUUCCAAACAUACUAUCAAUUCCCCUGAUGUAACCAAUGUCCAUAGCAAACCAACAUCUUAAUAUACAAAUCAAUUAACUUACAACAUUUUUACUCAGGCUUCAACAUAAUAUCUUACAAAACCUACCAAUCAAUCAUAAUAAUCUGUCAAAGUCUCAAGCGUGUAAAAUCUAGAGGAAAACUUGUCCCAAUUGGAGAUGAGUCCACAAUCAUCCUUAAAGUCUAUAAAAUCCAAAUCAGCCAUGGAUUCCUCAAAUAUUAUAUCCUAGAGUAAUCCUCCUAAAAUGAAGAAGAGUCAAAAAAUCAAAGAUUUAGUUAAAGUGGCUAAAGAGAAAUUGACCCUUCCUCCUUAGCAAAUUGAAUAAAAGGAGGAAAUAAUUUCUUCCAAUUAAUAAAAAUCAUUUAAUGGAUCUCUACUUUAAUAACCCAUUUUAGAGAAUAAAGUAUAUAUCCUUCUUAAGUUUAGACGUUGAGUAUGUUUUCCUAUUCAUUGCGAAUGAGAAAUCAAGCUUUAGGCCAUAACAGAAGAUAAAACCUCGAUCAAUUCAAAAUAUUAGAAUAACUUAUUUAUGAUAAUGAUUUUCAAGAAGUAAUAAUAGUCUAUUUAGAAAUAGUUCUCUGAACAUCUGUAACAGGUGCCAUAAAUGUAUAUAGACCGAAGAUUAGAGAACAAUGACACUUUAUUGAUUUUGGCUUCCAAAAGUGGGUGUAAAGAUAUGGUUAAAGAACUGGUUAAGAUGGGAGCAGACAUUAACAUUUAAAAUGUAUUUUUUUACUUAAGCAGGAUGAUGGAAAUACGGCUGUCCAUGUAGCUCUAUCGUAUGGCCAUUACAAAAUUGCAGACAUACUUAUUAGAGCCGGAGCCAACACUAAUAUUCUAAAUAAUAUUGGUAAAAAUGCUUGGAGUAUAUUAUGA